AUGGCAGAUCCAAUAACUCCCUACCCGUUUCCUAGUAAUGUUCAUGUCCUAAGCUCAGUUACUCUAAAGCUAAAUGAUAGCAAUUACCUCUUGUGGAAAACCCAGUUCGAGUCUCUCCUGUCAAGCCAGAAACUGUUUGGGUUCGUUAAUGGUGGUGUAGUAGCUCCUCCCGUUGGCAGUCCUCUUCAUGAGUCGUGGUUUUGUACGGACCAGCUCGUUCGCUCGUGGCUUUUUGGCACCUUGUCCGAAGAAGUUCUCGGUUCAGUGCAUACUCUCACCACAUCUCGUGAGAUCUGGCUCUCCCUUGCCGAAAACUUCAACCAGAGUUCUCUUGCCCGUGAUUUUUCUCUCCGUACCAGUCUCCAGUCCCUCAAAAAGAAAGAUAAGAACUUUCAGAUCUAUGUUCGAGAUUUCAAAGCUUUAUGUGAUGCUCUGAGUGCUAUUGGCAAACCUGUUGAAGAAUCCAUGAAGCUGUUUAACUUUCUGAAUGGUCUUGGAGAUGAGUACGAUCCUAUCGCUACGGUGAUCCAGAACUCCCUCAGCAAAUUUCCACGACCCACACUCAACGAUGUCAUUGCAGAAGUCCAAGCAUAUGACAUUAAGCUUCAAGCUCGUAACCAGACGGCUACGGAGACGGCUCAUGUUGCUUACCAGGCUCAACAAACUCAUCAGGGCUAUGGUAGAGGUCGUGGACAUUAUGGUCAGCAGCGUGGUCGUGGCAACUACUCCUCCAGAGGCAGAGGGUUCCCUCAGCACCAGACCUCCCAAAUGACAUCUGGAGAUCGUCCCACCUGUCAGAUAUGUGGAAGAAUUGGUCACACGGCGAUUAAGUGCUAUAAUAGGUUUGAUAAUAACUAUCAAGCCUCCGAGACAGCAAAGAUCUUUACCUCUCUCCGGGUAGCAGACGACAAAGAAUGGUGUCCAGACUCAGGUGCCUCGGCUCACGUCACAUCCAGCACCACAAACCUUCAGUCAUCCGUUCCAUACGAAGGCAAUGAUACAGUUAUGGUUGCUGAUGGUGCUUACUUGCCCAUCACUCACGUUGGAUCCACCACCCUCAAAUCACCUCAUGGUAUGAUCCCAUUGAAUGAUGUCUUGGUCUGUCCUGCUAUAAAGAAGUCGUUAAUGUCAGUCACUAAGUUAUGUGAUGACUAUCCCUGUGGUGUUUAUUUUGAUAAAACUAAGGUCUGUGUUAUUGAUUUACGCACUCAGAAGGUGGUGAGCAGGGGACCUCGGCGUGAGAGUCUCUAUGUUCUUGAGGAUCCGAGUCUUCAAGUGUUCUUCUCUAAUCGUCAUUGUGCGGCUUCGGAAGCAACAUGGCACCAUCGUUUGGGACACUCGAACACAAAGAUCCUCCAGAACCUGAAAAGCAGCAAGGAGAUUGAAGUGAAUAAGAGCAGAACAUCCCUCAUCUGUGAGCCUUGCCAGAUGGGGAAGAGCGAUAGACUUCCGUUUUUUAGUUCAGAUUCUCAGGUGUUGCACCCUUUAGACAAGAUACAUUGUAAUCUAUGGGGUCCAUAUCCUUUUGUAUCUCCUCUGGGUUUUAAGUAUUAUGCUGUGUUUGUUGAUGAAUUCUCAAGAUAUUCAUGGUUUUAUCCAUUAAAAACAAAGAGUUCUUUAUCAUCGGUGUUCAUCUCAUUUCAAAAAAUGGUUGAAAAUCAGUUUGAAAGGAGAAUAAAGGUGUUUCAAAGCGACGAAGGAGGUGAAUUUAUGAGCAAUAUGUUUCAGAAAUACCUGGUUGAAUGUGGAAUUAGACACCUUGUCUCGUGUCCCUAUACUUCUCAGCAAAACGGAGUUGUCGAGAGGAAGCACAGACACAUUGUCGAGCUAGGUCUGUCGAUGCUGUUUCACAGUCAGACGCCACUCAAAUACUGGGUCGAAGCCUUUGCUGCAGCAGUGUUCAUAGGCAACAUGCUCCCUUCCUCAGUCCUAGACAAUAAGAGUCCACAAGAAUGCUUAACAAAGGGAAAACCAGAUUAUACAAUGUUGCGAGUAUUUGGAGCUGCGUGUUAUCCAUACCUGAGACCGGUUGCAGAGCACAAGUUUGAUCCAAGGUCUUUGCAGUGUGUGUUCCUGGGCUACAGCUCCCAAUACAAAGGAUAUCGUUGCCUCUACCCUCCUACUGGUCGUGUGUACAUCUCUCGUCAUGUAGUAUUUGAUGAAGAAGUCUUCCCUUUUCGAGAACAAUAUAGGUCUCUGCAACCACAAUAUGAAACACCGCUACUGAGAGCAUGGCAGGGAGCAAAUCCGGACAGACAACCAGAAGAACGAGAAGAAAGAAUCACUCGAGCUCUAGUUCCACCAACACCAGCAGUUGUUGUUCAAGUCCCUGAACCAGAAAAUGAAGAAAUUGAGCACGAGCAUGAGGCAAACGUUGAAGCAGAAGAGAUAGUGGAACAACAACCUAAUGUGCAUCCUAUGACUACACGUGCUAAGUCAGGGAUUCACAAGCCUAACACAAGAUAUGCUUUGGUGGCUCUGAAAACUAGUUCCGAAAAUACCAAAGAAUAUUGA